AAUAUCCCCUCUUUGAACCUAUGAUCCCCUGAGUGCAGUCUCCUGUCGCAUAAUUAUUCAGUACCCAGCAGGAGAGUCCUGACCAAGACUCUAAAAGCUUCACUGCCACGAUGGAUCGUCUGGAAUUUGUUUUCCUCGCUCUCACAAUUGUGAAUUACGGCUUUGUCGUCAAUGCCUUUCACUUAGGGUUGAAUUUUGAACAAGUCCACAGACCGUUUCUAGACCACCCAAGUGAUGCCCUGAAAGAUACGCUCCUCAUGGCAAACGCUCCUCAAGACUUGGAUGGCACUUUGUUCUUGGCCACAUUAAGGAAAGACUCAAUCGAAAAACUAGACCAACUAAAUGAUCUUGAAGCUACUGGUCAGCCCAAAACGAAAACACCUGAAGCAGGAAAUGUGCGUUCGAAAAGGCUGUUGUUGCCAAUGAUGUACCACGAUUUCAUCGAGAGCCUCUCCCAUGAAUUGAUGGACCAACACCACGUUCCCGUCGACCCUCAUCACGACGUCCACUACCCUCAUCACGACGUCCACAACCCUCAUCACGGUGUCCACAACCCUCAUCACGGCGUCCAUGAGAAUCCCCACCACUUGGUUCACCGGCGCGAAGCAUCGCCGCACUUGGGGGGCCUCCACGUUGACAUUCACGACAGAUACCCCCACGGUGGGCACCACUACGGAGGACACCAUCUCGGCGGAGGACACCACUACGGCGGAUACAACUACGGAGGGUAUCACGCGGGGAGCCACCACCACGGCCAUUACGACCACUACGACCAUCAUGCUGGCCACUACCCACACGGCCACAUGCACCGCCGGGAAGCCCUGCACGCACCGGCGCUGGCCAAACAAACAAAAGAAGCUUUGGCGCUUACGAAACCGCAGGACUAAAGGCCUCAUUCUAUGUGCAGAGGGACCAUUGGGAAAUUGGAGUAUUUUACCUUCUGUACAUUUGCACAAACUUGGUGAAUUGUGGGUGACUUGAUUUAAUUUUAUCUUUAUGUCUCGGAGACAAUAAAACCAACAUGCAAUGAAA